AAGAUGGCGGCAAUAACUUGCACCAAUUUCAAGGAGUAAGCAGUUAGGGUUUACUCUCAGUAGUAUUCUCCGCCUCCGUUCGCCGCCCAAAAUGUUCGGAGCACAGCCGUCGCCUUCUCCCUUCGCCACUCCAUCUUCCACCCCAACCUUUGGAGCACCUUCGUCGACGCCAGCCUUUGGUACGCCUUCCUCUACCCCAGCCUUCGGGACCCCUUCCUCCACUCCUGGCUUUGGCACGCCUUCCACUCCCGCAUUCGGAACCUCCCUAUUCUCAAGUCCGUUCUCUCAACAGUCGCAACCUCAGCAGCAAAGUUCUUUAUUUCAGACUCCUCAGAGCUCUAGCACAUUCAAUUUUUUCACUCCUUUCGGGGCAUCCCAGCCUCAGCAGACUCAGACCGCUUCACCUUUUGGCCAGCAGGCCGCAUCACCAUUUGCAAAUGCUCAAUUGACCACUCAGAUGGCGCCUGUCGCCCCCCUACCGUUUUCUCUUGCUGAUCGCGAUAUUCAGGCAAUUGUUGAUGCUUACAAGGAGGAACCUGGGAACCCCAAGUUUGUGUUUAAGCAUCUAUUGUUCAGUGUGACUGAACCUCAGCAAAGAGUGAAGCCUGCUGGUGUAUCCGAUAUUAUGUGGGCAGAGGCAAUGGGGAAACUUGAAGGGAUGGAGACUUCAAAUCGUGAACGCCUAUGGCCUCAGCUCAUCCAAGGAUUCAAGGAUCUUUCCCAGCGUCUCAAGCUUCAAGAUGAAGUCAUUAUAUCGGAUGCAGAGAGGCUAAAGUUGACACAGAGCAAUGUUAAAAUGCUUCAAAGACAUUUUCAAGCUGACACCCUUCCUUGGAUUGAGAGGAUGAGGCAAAAAGAGCAAGGUCUUCAAAGACGACUUUUAAGGGUAAUGAGAAUAAUAGAGGCACUGGAAGGUAAAGGUUGUCGAUUACCUCUGAUGAAAGGUGAAGCUGAUUUGGCAGAGAGGUUGGCCAUGACAACUAGACAGCUAAAAGGACCAGGAGCAGAACUUUCUCGGAGGGUUCAAAAUCUUCUCACAGUUUGCCGUGUUCAAGAUGGCAUUGGCAGCGCUUCCUUUUAUCUUCCAGGAUCAACUAAAAUACAUGAACAAAGUCUCGUUGAUAUGCAGGAGGUUUUGCAACAACAAACGGAGGCCAUUGCUAGGCUUGGGAAUGUGCUGAAGCGCGAUCUAAGGGAUAUGGAGAUCAUAAUGACUGAAGACAAAGGAAUGAUAGAAGAUUAAUACAAUGUUCCUCUCUUUGUUUUGGAUCUUGAUAUUUAAAAACUAUAGUUUGUUAUGGAUUGUGUAAAAUAAUAGUCUGUUUGGUGAAGGCAAUGCAAGAUAAAGAUGAAUUUAUAUGCGAACCAAUUUAUGUAUUUAACCUAG